GUCUGUCUGCCUGUCUGUCUGCCUGCCUGCCUUAUCUACAUGCACAGGUUCCUCUGUGAAAUAUCAACUUUGUGUGGAGGCUCCCUGUCAGUGAGGAGAGUGGUCUUGAUAUAGGUGGUCGGCUCUCGCAUAGUUCCACUCGGGAGCAGAGCAGUCCCGGACAGUGCUUCGGACCUCUAAUCCAGAAACCAGCGAGAAUCUCCGGGAGAUCCACAGGAAGCAUUCCAGAGCUUUUCUUUCCAAAAUUGGACCGAAGCAUCAUGUUGAGUAAAGACCUUCCAGACAUUGAGAGCAUCCUGGCUCUGAACCCCAGGGUGAAAACUCAUGCUCAGGUCAUGUCCACAGCAGACAAGAAAAAAGAAAAGAAACACUGGAAAAGAAAUCCUGAACGGAAUUGUGGCUCUUGUGUGAAGUUAGAGAACAACUUUGACGAUAUCAAACACACAACGCUGAGUGAGCGCGGAGCUCUACGAGAAGCAUUGAGGUGUCUAAAAUGUGCCGAUGCUCCCUGUCAGAAGAGCUGCCCAACUAAUCUGGACAUCAAGACAUUCAUUACAAGUAUCUCUAAUAAGAACUACUAUGGGGCAGCGCGGACAAUCCUUUCUGACAACCCCCUGGGUUUGACCUGUGGAAUGGUUUGUCCCACAUCAGAUCUAUGUGUAGGCGGCUGCAACCUGUAUGCCUCUGAGGAAGGACCCAUUAACAUCGGGGGGCUACAGCAGUUUGCUACAGAGGUGUUUAGUAAGAUGGGCAUCCCUCAGGUCAGGAAUCCUGAACUCCCACCACCCAAUGAGAUGCCAGAGUCUUACCGCAGCCCUAUUGCUCUGAUUGGCUGUGGCCCAGCUUCAAUCAGCUGCGCGUCCUUCCUUGCCCGUCUCGGAUAUGAUAAUAUUACAAUAUUUGAGAAACAGAAGUUCCUUGGAGGGCUGAGCACAUCAGAAAUCCCCCAGUUCCGGCUUCCCUAUGAGGUUGUCCAGUUUGAAAUAGACCUGAUGAAGGAUCUGGGAGUCAAGGUGUUGUGCGAGAAGGCCCUCUGUGUGAACGAAAUGACUCUGACGUCCCUGAAGGAUGAGGGAUUUAAGGCUGUCUUCAUUGGGAUUGGUCUCCCCCAGGCCAACAGAGCUUCAAUGUUCCAGAGUCUUACCAUGGAUCAAGGCUUCUUCACCUCCAAAGACUUUCUGCCCAUUGUGGCUUCAGCCAGCAAGAAAGGUAUGUGCCAGUGCCGCUCGUCUCUGCCAGAGUUAAGAGGCGUAGUGAUCGUCUUGGGCGCCGGAGACACUGCUUUUGACUGCGCCACCUCAGCACUUCGCUGUGGAGCCAAGAGAGUGUACGUCUGCUUCAGGAAGGGUUUCACCAACAUCAGGGCUGUUCCAGAAGAGAUGGAGCUGGCGAAGGAAGAGCAGUGUGAGUUCCUGCCCUUCCUGUCUCCUCGCGAGGUCAUCAUGAAGAACGGCCGGGUAGCUGGGUUGCAGUUCUGUCGCACUGAGCUGACCGAGGAAGGUGACUGGCUGGAAGAUGAAGAGCAGGUUGUCACACUGAAGGCCGAUUUCAUCAUCAGUGCCUUUGGUUCCAUGCUGAAUGAACGACAAGUGACUGACGCCAUGGCUCCUGUGAAGAUGACCCGCUGGGGCACUCCAGAGGUCAACACAGACACCAUGCAGACCAGUGAGCCCUGGGUGUUUGCAGGUGGAGACAUCGCUGGUCUGGCAAAUACCUCGGUGGAGUCAGUAAACGACGGCAAACAGGCCUCAUGGCACAUGCACAGAUACAUACAGUCCCUGCAUGGACAGACAGUGGACCCAGUCCCGAGGCUACCACUGUUCUACAGUGCCAUCGAUGAGGUUGACAUCAGCGUUGAGGUUUGUGGAAUAAAGUUUCCCAACCCGUUCGGCCUGGCCUCCGCUCCUCCCACCACCAGCACGGCCAUGAUCAGAAGAGCUUUUGAACAAGGAUGGGGCUUCGCUCUCACCAAGACAUUUGGACUGGAUAAGGACCUGGUGACGAACGUGUCACCUCGUAUUGUGCGUGGCACCACCUCAGGCCAUGUGUUUGGCCCGGGCCAGGGCUCCUUCCUCAACAUCGAGCUCAUCAGUGAGAAGACAGCAGCCUACUGGUGCCAGUCAGUAGCUGAGCUGAAGAGGGACUUCCCCAACAAUGUGGUGAUCGCCAGCAUAAUGUGUAGUUACAACAAGGAAGACUGGACAAUAAUAACCAAGAUGGCAGAGGAAUCUGGAGCAGACGCACUGGAGCUGAACCUGUCUUGUCCUCAUGGGAUGGGCGAGAGAGGCAUGGGACUGGCCUGUGGACAGGACCCGGUGCUUGUGCGUAACAUCUGUCGCUGGGUGCGUGAAGCCUGUAACAUUCCGUUCUUUGCCAAACUGACACCGAACGUUACCAACGUUGUUGACAUCGCCAAGGCUGCUCAUGAAGGCGGGGCAGAUGGAGUCACCGCCACCAACACAGUGUCCGGUAUGAUGGGACUGAAGGCAGACGGCUCCCCCUGGCCGGGUGUUGGAAUGGGAAAACGUACCACGUAUGGAGGGGUGUCCGGUAACGCCAUCAGACCCAUCGCUCUGAAAGCAGUGUCGGCCAUCGCCAAAGCAAUUCCUGGUUUCCCCAUUCUGGCCACCGGUGGUAUUGACUCAGCAGAGACCGGUCUACAGUUUCUCCACGCUGGGGCCUCAGUGUUACAGGUGUGCAGUGCAGUUCAGAACCAGGAUUUCACAGUCAUUGAGGAUUACUGUGUAGGUCUGAAGGCCUUGUUGUACCUCAAGAGCCUGGAGCUGAAGGACUGGGACGGCCAGUCUCCUCCGACAGAGAGACACCAGAAAGGAAAACCAGUGCCCAGACUGGAAGAACUGGUCGGACAGAGCCUCCCUAGCUUUGGUCCAUACCUCCAGCAGAAGAAAAAAGCCAUCGAUGGGUACAAGAAACAGCUCAGAGAUGCUGGUAAAACUGAUGAGAUGGAAACCAACAUCACCCGUGUUGGCACGGCCAAAAGACCUGUUCCUGCUGUCAAGGAUGUGAUUGCCAGAGCAUUGAGGUACAUUGGAGCAUACCAGGAGCUUGACAACACAGAACAGGUCCAGGCUCUGAUAGACGAAGAGAUGUGUAUCAACUGUGGUAAAUGUUACAUGACCUGCAAUGACUCUGGAUACCAGGCCAUAACAUUCGAUCCAGAGACCCACCUACCCUUUGUGACUGACAGCUGCACGGGCUGUACUCUGUGCUUAAGUGUCUGUCCAAUCAUAGACUGCAUCAGUAUGGUUACCAGGACAACCCCCUAUCAUCCCAAGAGGGGUGUACCCAUUAGUCCUAUCUGCUAAAAGCAAGGACAAACCAAAACAUUUUAUUUAAUAAUGGAGAGCAGACAUUUCUUCAAAUGAAACGACUCAUUCAUUUGCCACAUGCAGAUCGAGACAUCGUUUCAUGUAAAUGCAAGUUAUUGGAUGAUGCAAAUUGAUAGAAAAAGGACAUCUGAUAUGUUUAUCAUGGGUGGGAGUCUAUGAGAAAUUCCAAUGAUUUUUUUUAACCAACAAUUUAGAAAAAGGCAAUCAACCCUUUUAAGGUCAAGGUUCACUAUAUUGGCAUCAAAUUAAAUUUCUUGAUAAUUUAACUGUAGUUCUGACUCUGAGAUUACAUUUUCAAUCAGGGAUCCUGCUUUGUCGUUAUCCUUAGCAGUUGAUGGUAACAUUAAGUAUUUGAUGUAAUGAUGGCCUGUUUCAAAUUAAAAGUACAUUUACUGUGAAGUAUAUUGAUGUAAAGGAAAUGCAUUUCUUGCAUUAUUUGAUACAAUAUGGUCUGUGAUUUAAAUAAAGGUUUUCUAAUACAGCAAA